AUUUGAUGUCACGCACGAAAAUAUUAUAGCAGUUCGAAAUAAAACAACGGAUUUUUUUCGAUUAUUCAUUUCGAUUUCUUCAGUCGACGCGCGUACCUAUCGUGCUACUUCUGCUCCUCGCUCCAAGCAAAACUCGAGCACCGCGACUGCUCCCGACUUCUUCUUUUCAUCUGGUUUCUCUUGCACUCCAGUUGCACUCCAGGAGUCGCCACCAUGGGCGGUCAAAAGAACAAGAAAACACAGCAUCUGCAGCCGGCGGAGCGGAGCCAGGCCUACCGGUCUCUGCGGCACAGGGCGGACACUGCGCAUGUAACGUUUGUUCAAACAAGUAACUCGUCGAAGAAUGGCAAGAAUGUUGCGACUUCUUUAUCGGACGAAGCUGUGGACGAACUAAAUUUGCUGCUGAAGUUCGACUUUGGCGAAAUCAUUUUCGAUGAAACCGAAGCUGCCUACGGUUACGAAACGCACACCUACAACGCUACUCGGAAAGACCUCGUUGCCAAGUUCCAGCCGUUAAAGGAGGCCGAAGUUACCAUCUUGGAGCGGGAGCGCGGCCUUCUUUCACAGGGACAAGGUGCACAAGGUGAAGAACAUGAUCAAGUAGGAAAUGCACAUUCUGAAUCGCUCCUGAUGGCGUGCGAGUUGGGAAAGCUCGCCCCCAUUGCUGAGGACGCGGCUCCUGAGGUGGCAGACGCAGUCCAGGUAUGAAUAUCGUGUUCGUGUUUCUGUUUUUGAUCUUCCAGAUGGCCAAAAGCAAAAGUGGCAAUGUUUUUGCACAGCUGCUUAUUUGAAAAAACAUCAACAAUGCAACUACAGGCUGUGGGUGCCCACGAAGGUAGUUUGACCCCUCCCGCUGAGGAAUGCAAAAAAGCGGAAAAAAGCGACAAUGACGGUUGUGCCGCGUUUGUGCAGGCCAAAACCGCAUCGAUUGGCGCGGACGCGCUGAGCCCGGUGCCAUACCGUCGUGGCAAGGCGGCGUCCAUUGCGCCACCAAAGCCCCCGAUGGGUACCUUUGGAGCUGCCCCUGCAUCGGUAUAUUCAUUCGGAUUUUAGGACUUCGUCUGAGUUUUUCAUUGGUCUACUUCGUUCUGUCAUCUGAAGCAUCAAUCAUGGAAAUGGUAUGGAGUCGAACUUCCCCUUUGAGAUCAUGAACCGGAUGAGGCUCCGGAUCUUUCUCGUCGUUAUGUUCUUUGUUCAUUGAUGACGAUCAAUAUAGAAGUAGAAGACCAAAAAUUUGAAUUGUCCGACCAAAAAUAGGCCUCCUUUCCCUCCGCGUCCGCACCGGUCGUGCUAGAAAAUUUGCAGCCAAAGCAAGCCACCGACACGUCCGAUGGCAAAAACCCGCACCAAAUAGAUGCCCCUGCUACCAGUCCUGCCAGUCCGCGUGCGCGCGACGAAAAAGUGGUGGAGUUUCGGAUCAGCAUGCUGCACCAUUGCGCAUUAUCCGACUACAAGGCCUACCGCUUGGACGAAUACAAGGAAAAGCAGAAACAGCUGGAGACCUUGCUGAAGGGCAAAACUGUCGCGGAGAAGCGGCGGUGGGAACUGCCGGCUUUGGGGAAAAAUACCGGAGCAGGAAUUGUUAACGGCGCUGGCGCGAGUAGUUCUUCCUCGACGGCAAUGGUGACGCAAAACAAGGCAGCCGACAGCUCUCCUUCCGCCAAAGUGAAAGUUGCAACCGGACUACCGGGGAAGAAUAAAAAUGUGAAAACUCCGAGCACUGCGAAGGUGGACAACAAAGCCAGUCCGGCGAACAAGAAAACGGAAAAGAAGGAGGUGAAAAAGUCGCCGCGCCGGGGCCCUCCGUCCGCACAGAAAGUUCCCCCGGUCGUCAUCGUGCCGGUUGUCGGAGCAAAGGAGAGCGACGUGCCCUUUGGCGUCGAACUGCCGAAGAAGGUGGACGGGAAGGUUGGUCGUCCUAUCGUAAAGGGCGGUGCAGCCGCUGGUCCUGGUGCCAAGGCACAAGUCCACGUGGGGCCCGGCAGCAGUUCGAGCAAGAAGGAAGAGUCCGCUGCCCCGCCGGCAGGCGGAAACAAGGAGAAGCUGCUGGACGUCGAUGACGAUCCGGAACAAAAGCAGCUGGUAGCAGAACUAGAAAUCGGAGCCGAAGCGCCGCAACUACAACUAGACGAGGACAAGACUACUGGUGAGAAAAACGUCGAAAACGAAAACCUCUCCGCAACUGGAGGUGAUCAAAAAUCAUCCAAUCCGAAAAAUGUUCAAAGUGAAAAAGACCAAAAUGGUUCUGCGCCACCGUUGGAUGAGGAUAACAAGAAUAUCAACACGCUCUCCGGUGCCGCAGCGGCCACUACGUCAGCGAAGAAUGUGAUCACCGUCGAAGGUAUUUUGGCGGAGAACAUCAGUACCAACCAGCAACCUUCCUCGAAUUUACCCGCUAGCAAUGCCAUGACGGAGGCAGCUCUCUGUGCUUUCAACACGAAGAACAAACUCGCUCCGUCCGCCAUGGCGCAGGAGACCGCGGACGCUGCCUACAAGCGCGCAAACGCCGACCGGCCGAUCUACGCGACUCUGUUUGAAACGGCGAACCAACUGCCACCCUGGUGGGACGAAGACAUUCUGGAGGCCGCCGACUGGGCUGUGUUCGAAGAGAAGAAGUGGUGGCAGAAGCAUUUCCAAACUGGUUGGACGUCCGCAGAGCAAGCGUCAGCCGCAUCAGCUUCAAGCACGUUGUUUACUGGUCCAUCUUGCACAGCAGGGAACGGGACAGGGACAGCCACCGAAUUGGAUCGGGUUCCGUACCUCGGAAAUAAACAAGCAGCUCCAGACGUUGCCAUGUCCGCUGCAAUUGCUUGUACGGGGGCAAUGAUGGCCCUGGAAGGCGGAAGAGCCUCGGAAGUGGCGUACUUGAAAUCAAAAGAAGUGCAACUUUCUGCCUACCAGCAGCAACUUGCGUCUGCUUUUGACAACGGGUACAAAAAUAGCGCGGCUGCAUGGCGGUCUACUGGACGAGGAAACUCCGGAUCCGCAGCAGCUCCUUCGAACUCUAAUGCGGCCGCUCCUGGCGCUUCUGGAGCAACAUCAGCUGGAAAGCCUCAGAUGAAGAACGCCGGGUCUACUGGCCGUGCUGGCGCAGGUGUGAAGCAACUGAUCCGGCAGUGGGAGCAAAGUGGAGUCAUUAUCAAACCGGCGCGGAACCUGGACCUCCUUGUGAAGCGGUGGGGCGAGGCGAUGCAGCAGGGGAAGAAAUUCGACGAGGUUGCGGAACAGCAGAAGAUGAUCGAUUUCGCAUUCUGGUGGGACAAGACGCCCGGGGAACAGCCUGAAGAGGUCGUGGAGGUGGAACACAACGGGGAGAAGUUGGAGUCGGAAGAGCUCGCAGGCGUUGGUGCCUGCGCCUCGCCAAAACUGCAUGGAACAACGGCGCAGCCACAAGAUCAAGAUGCAAGUGUGGGUGAUGGAGAAGGAAAGGAAACAAACGCGGACAACGAGAAGGGGAAUCCGAAUCACAUCAACUCCGCUGAUGUUGAGGUUGCUGAGGAACGUACAGCAGUGCUACACGUUGCACAGCCCUCCGAUCAGCAAAAACUACCGGAGAAAAACAAUGAAGCAAGUGCAGACAAGACAGGCGCGCCGACGUCGACAACAGGAGGAACUGCAGCCGUAAAAAUUCUCGACGAUCAUAACCAGCGCAUCCUGGAAGAACGGCACUUGGAAAGAAUGAAGAAACUACAGAAACUGGGAAUGGACGAGGAUUGCAAGAAAAUCGAGGAACUGUGGAACGGAGGUGCACGCGGAGUCGGACUUGGAGAUCCCAGCACUAAUUUUGCGACAGUGGUAAACCUUUUCAAGAACACGAACGAAAAGAGAGCUGACGAUAAAGAAGGGGUGCCAGAUGAAAGCAGCUCCGGCAAAGAAAAAGAUUCGGCGCUCGACGGUGCGAAGAAUGUUGAACGUUGUCCGGAAGCAGAUGUAAAGACGGAAAAGCACGACGAUACGGGUACGGAGGAGAAAGCGGUCGAGCAGAAGUGUUCCCUCAACCUAGGAAACACGACGGAGGAGGAUUCGUCGGAGAUGCCGGCAUCGGUGCAGCUUUCCGAGAACAAAGCCGCCGAAGUGCCUGCAGAAGUGAAGUCCGUAAACGUGGAGGAAACGAACAAGACUUCGUCUGCGACUUCCGUUAACGAACCCAUCACCGUUGAGCGCAUCAGAGCCGCGACCUCCGGCGUUUCCUGUACACCGGUGAAGGAAAAUGAUGAAAAACCCAAUGAGAUCAACUCGUCGCUUAACCAGCCCAGCACAAUUGACCGGAGUCUGAAUUCUUCUACACUAUUGGGAAUGACCGCUGCAAAUAAGCCGAAAGAGGAAUUAGUGAACUACACACCGAUCAUACCGAAAAACCAGGAACUUUCUGUUCCUGGAGCUUCAAGUAGUUCAACGCCCGGGGUCAUACAGCUCAACACUGACACCUCAUCUUUGUCGUGUACGGCCGACGGCGUUGCACCCUUGCCCAACACUUCUACUGCUUCCAACGGACGAGGAUUCUUACAGCGGCCUGUCGGCAUUUUGGGAAACAUCUUUUCGUGGAAGCCGAAAUCGUUGCUGUCACCGAUGGCAUCUUCCCCAGGCUGCAAUAGUCGUGGCUUUCAGCCGCUACUGUCGCAAAAACUGCUGGAAGAGAGCCGUGAUGGCGGUGUCAAAGGGGAGAAUCAGCAGCAGGCAGAGAAGACCAUGCCUGCUCCAGCAGCAGAAGGCAGCAACGCUGCAUCCAGUACGGUCCUGUCCGGUGCUCCUCCUGCUCCAGCGUCUGCUUCAACAUCUGUGCAGGAACCAAGUACUAGUACACAACCGGCUCCUGCAGCACUCGUUGCCAAGAAGCCGCCAACCUUACCAGUUGUAGCGACGCAACCUAAACUUCCCAGACAGGAACAAGCAAACGCGAAGAGUACGCGGAAAGAAACUGAAACCAAGCUCACAGCGACGCAACAAUCGUUGGGGACCAAUGACCUGCGCCGGGGAUUGUCAACAGGACAGGACCAGGAACAAGCAGUCGAGGAUUACGAGGAAGACGCCCCAGAGCGCGUCUUCCACCGGGCCCGUGUUCACAGCUUCAUGGAGCAGGAGAAAGAGCGACAGGCGAAAAAGAGUUUCUUGAAGCAGGCUGGAGUUCCAGUUGAAGAGCAACAAGCUUUGUUGAACGACUUCAACGUGAGUCCGGAACAAGCUGCGAAAGCGCAGAAGAUCCUGCAGCAGGAGCAGCUCGCCCAGCCGUACUACUUGGACAGGAGAGAGGCGGCGAAAAAGCAAGCGGAAACGGAUUUAAAAAGCCGGAGGAACGAUAAAUCGAGUGAAAACUUCACCUUCCUCAUGUUCAACGCGCACGUUGCUAACAUUUUCCGGCCAUCCAAUCGUCCGCCGAAGGAGAAGAGUGUUCCUGUUUCUCAGCCGACGAACAAAAGCAGUGCCACGGCAUCCGCAUCGUCGGCGCCUCCUUUGCAAGCACCUAAACCUGCCGCCGCAAGAUUAGUAGCUACAUCUUCUCUCGCGGUUCCGGCUCCUGCAAGGAGUACAAUCACCACGAACAAGAUUGAAAACAGUACUACGGGGGACAGCAGCGCAAAUGCACCAUCUGGAACGAGCAGCGCUGCUGGCAAGAACAAUACCGAAACCUGCGAAACUGGACCUGCAGCUGCAGACGCAACCAAUGUAGAAGCUGCUGCCCCUGCCCCGCCUGCGGUUUUUUCAUCGGGAAAAAGUAAAGACGGUGAAGAAAACGCGGCUACGUCUAAGGGCGACCCCACGACGAACUGCGACAAGGACAGUACGAACGAAGGCGCUACCGGUACCGGACCACAGUCGAAAGAGAACGUUUCGAAAGAAGGCAGCACGGAGGACGUGAUGAACGCGACGAAAGAGGCCGCGGAAGCCGCUCCAGCACCUAGUUGCGCGAAAUUUUUCCCGCCCUGGUUCGACGAUGCAGAAGGCUAAAGCUGCAGGGAGAUUCUGUAGUUGUAAUUCAUUGAGUCGCUAAACAACACAACUCUGACUCUGUCCUUAACACCUUUUUCCUAAAAACUGUAUACUUCGUACCAAUCUCACUCACACUAUCGUGCGUCGAGCAUAAAGAACAGUGGAUGUUAUUUCACAUUCAAGCCAAGUUAGUAGGAGUAGAAAAUCAAAAUUCAAGACCUCCGAGUCCGAGCAGCAGCCCCUCGAGCAGGCGUCGUUCAUGAGAUAGAAGAUACAAGACUGCGCUUCGCAAAAGAAAUACUAAUACAAUGAGAAAGCGAAAAGAUGACAAAGAAUAAGAAAUGUGAGAUGCUCAUAUCUACGUUUAUUCUACUGCUUCACCGUCCGAUAGAUUUAGAUAAUCAAGUUUUCAACAAUCGCUACGAAAUAAAAAUGGGUAUUUACUUCUGCGUUGCAUUUCCAUUUUCGUCUUGAUAGAUAGUUCGCUUGGUAUCGUCUUCCUUCCAGAUUGUUGAGAAGGACACAAGUAAUCAAAUCAUUUCAGAGUUUCAAACGCAGUGUUUAUUUUUGAGUGAUGGCACUUUUUUAGAAUCGUUUCUUGCUUUUCAACUUUCAAUUCAGGCACUCUCACGAUUAGAGUUAUAAACGAAUUUAAAAAAACGCGUAUUCUUGCCGUGGUAUUUCUAGAAAAAACAAGUUUCACCUACUGUCUACGCUUCCAUUUGUGUACAAUUUUAUUUGUUUAGGCUUGGACUCAUCAGAAAAACGACUAUACGAGAAAACAAUAUGACACGAUUUAUGAUUUUAUAUGUUUCCAUUCUAUGUCUGGUUGAUGGCGCUAAUAUGGUUGAAGCUAUUCCAAUCGACAAUGACACUGUAUACAAGGAAUUAAUGCAACCAUUGAUUAAAACAAAAAGAAGAAACUCGCCACCAG